AUGUCUGAAAGUAAAAUCGAAAUGAUGAAUUAUUCAACAAACACUGCCGAACAUCUUACAUCACCAAUAUCGAUUCAUGAUGAAAGUAUUCAUUCAAUAAACAAUACUGAACUCUUAUCUGGCAUGCAAUAUCCAUACGAUGAAUGUCAAUCAUAUAUUAAUAAUAUUACACAUAGUCCAUUGAUCAAUAGGAGAGGAAGUUUUCAACAUUCAUCAUCAACGAAUGCUAUGGAUCUAUUAGCUCAUCAAACAAUUUUACCAAAUAUACAUCAAUAUCCAAUCAAUCAAGAUCUAAAUCCUGAACAUAUUCAUCGUCCUACUAAUGAACAUAUAACUUAUCGACAAGAUGUAGCUAUACGUUAUUUACAACCCCCUACUCCACCACCACCAGGUCCUGUUGUUAUUCGUGAAAUUCGUGCUCCUGCACCUCCCGAAGCUCCUCCGUUGGUUAUACGCCAACGUCCUAAUGCUCCAUUAACUCCACCACCAGUGGUAAUUCGUGAACAUCCACCAUUACCACCUCCUAUUGUACCACCCCAUACUGUUAAUAAAGUUUUACCCCCACCUCCACCACUUCCACGAAAAGUAAUUAUCGAACGACAAGCACCAUUACCACAAAAACCUCAAUCUGUUAUUAUUGAAAAAUGGCUUCCUUAUAGACCACCUCCGGAUCGACGUGUAGUCGUCGAACGAGCUCCACCAAUCAUGCCAAGACCAAUACAAAAAAAUACAAUUAUUACAUAUGAUGCUCCUCAUGUUGAUCUUGUUAAAAAUGUUCAUCAUCUUGGAGUUGUUCGUGCAGAUCCACAUCUGUAUAUGGUACAAUAUGGUUCACAUCUAGCAUCAAAUGAAUAUGUUCGACAUACAAUGGAAAAAUUUUGUCUUGGAAAUAAUUAUAUGCAAAUGAUUCAAAUGCAAACAACACCACAUUUACCAUUAAUGAAUAGUAAUCAUUUACAAACAAAUUAUGCUCAUAUUAAUAGACAACAAUCAAUGACUGUUGGAGGACAAAAUACAUCAAAUAUAUAUCAUGUACAAGAUGAAAAUCUUGAAGAAACAAUUUUACCUAAUCAACUUCAUUCAAGUCUUGAUGGUUUAAAUAAUACAGAAAUUUUACAAUAA